UUUAAGUACCGCAAGAGGGGUCCAAUAUAAUAAUCCGACUUCGCGGAAUGACACAAGAAAUCCCAGCACCUCCCCAUUUUGUAUACUAUCAUCCAUCUGACCUGACGCUUUGCAUACACUAGCUCUAGAUAACAUUUUCUUCUUUAGAUUCCCGCACAAUAUCGCAUAAUAUUGCGCUCCCUAUCUCAUCAUGGCGGAGAUGCAGAAUUCAAAUCCCACUAUCUUGAACGUUGCAGAUCUGCCGACUCGUCAUCGGCCGGACAGCGUUCGUAAACCAGGAUCGGAGAAUGGUGGCAUCUUUGCUUCCUAUAUUCCUUACCUGGCGGAUUCCAGCGAUCCGUUCGCUGUAGGCUCUCAGCCGUCAUCUGAUGCAGAGAGCGACGAUGGAGAUCUCAUGGAAGAACCCAUCGACGAGCAAGAAAUAUUCGAUCUAGUUUCUACCAUAUCUGACCCGGAGCAUCCUAUAUCGCUGGGUUCUCUUGCCGUCGUUUCCCUUCCCGACAUCUCUAUCAAACCGUCUCUACCGAACAAUCCAGAAUCACCUCUGCGAACUGUUACUGUUCUCAUAACACCAACUAUCACGCACUGUAGUUUAGCCACAGUUAUCGGGCUUGGAGUACGGGUUCGCUUGGAACAGUCUCUUCCUCCUAGAUUCCGUAUCGAUGUGCGCAUCAAGGAAGGAACGCACAGCACCGCAGAGGAGGUUAACAAGCAGCUGGCGGACAAAGAGAGAGUGGCUGCUGCCUUGGAAAAUGGAACCUUGAUGGGUGUCAUCCGGAAAAUGUUGGAAACCUGCCAGUGAACGGAUAGCAGUGUGCAGAAUCCCCAUUGGAACCGAGCAUGGAUGCGUCAAAUAUGAGAGUCAUGUUGGAACAGGCCGUCUCUAUUGACGAGGAACCGAUGUCAAACCGAUAACAUCCUUGGAGCACAAUC